AUGACAAACGUUGUGCUUAUUUCGUUGCUGGCACGCAACGGCCAAUCACAUUACGUAACAGACAGCAUUGCUGGCCCGAAUCCAACACCCUUCGAGCGGCAGUCCGGAUCACGAUCCCUGUUUGACGACACCGCCUUUGCGCUUAUGCCGCUCGCCCUUCUUCCCCUUUCCGCACUCCCUCCGCUCCCUCCCAAUUCCCCACCGGCCAUGACGGAAACCGAAGACACCGUUGAGCGUCCGCCGACUCCCGAUUCCGCCCCCUCUCCUCCUCGCCUCACUUCGCUCACCAACUUUCUCGCCACAGACCACACCGAACUCCUCACCUCGCCCACGCACCGCCGCUCUCUCUUCUUUUACAGCGCCCUCACUCUUCUCGUCUUCUCUCUCAUCGUCUCUCUCUGGUCCUCCCACUCCACACGGCGCCAUGCUCUAUCCUGCCCCAACUGCAACUGCAAUAACUUCAAGGGCGGCGCCCCCCCCGCCUCGGAGGAGGGUAUCGAAGCUAUACUCGGCGUCGGCAUGUCUAUCUUCACGCUACAGCUUGUCCUGUGCGUGUUUGCUACUUAUAUUCUCGUGCAAAACCACUUCAUUUUCCUCCCGUCCUGCAUCGCAUACGUCCUGCUCGGCAUCCUCGUCGGCUCCAUCGUCCGCAUCAGCGGCUCCGCCAACGAGCUAGGCACGAGUUUGCCCAACCAGGAGCAAUUUUUCACCUUUAUCAUUCCGCCUAUCAUGCUCGAGGCCGGCUACUCGCUCAACAAGCGCGACUUCUUUGCCGAGGCCCAAGGUAUAUUCCUGCUGGCUAUUCCGGGCACCGUAAUUUCCGCCGUGGCCUUCGGCGUGGGCAUCUAUGCCGUCGGAUUCCUCGGCAUCAGCUACCCCUUCCUCUUCUGGGAGUCCAUGACGUUUGGUGCUCUGCUCUCUGCCGUCGACCCUGUCGCAACCAUCGCCAUCUUCUCUGCCCUCAAGGUCAACAAGAGCCUUCACUUCCUUGUCUUUGGCGAAUCUGUCCUUAACGACGCCGUUUCCAUCGUACUUUAUCGCACCUUUUCCAGGCUUAUCGGCGCCUCUAUCUCGCGCUGGUACGGCCCACUGUUCAGCUUUGUCUACAUUUUCGUCGGUUCCGCAGUCGUGGGUGUCGCAACAGCCGCCGCCACCGCACUACUACUCAAGCAUACAACACUGUACCGCUCCCCAUCUCUAGAGUUUUCGUUUUAUUUGCUCAUGGCCUACCUGCCGUAUCCGCUUUGUGAUGGCAUCGGUAUGAGUGGCAUUUUGGGCAUUCUCACCAGCUCGGUCAUCCUCGCUCACUACGCGCACUACAACCUCUCCACCGUCACACAAAUUUCAUCUCAGCAGGUGUUCCGCUCGCUUGCCUUUUUGGCCGAAACCUUUGUGUUUGUGUACCUCGGCACAGCGUUGACGACUUUCCGACAUUCCUGGCAUAUCGGGACUAUUGUUUGGGGAAUCGUCUUCACACUUGUUUCUCGAGCUGUCAACAUCUACCCGUUGACAAGUCUGCUUAACAAGUGGCGAUCCGUGAAGAUAUCGCAAAAGACAAAGCUCAUCAUGUGGUUUAGUGGCUGCCUACGAGGGGCGAUCGCCUGGGCUCUGUCUCUCAGCUUGCCAAGUCAUGAUGGGUCUGACGAUGUCAGACGGGUUGUGGUUUCUUCCACUUUAGCGAUCGUUCUCUUCACUGUGAUCGUAUUGGGCGGCGGAAUGUUGCCGCUUCUACGGUUGUUGCGCAUCGAGGACGAGCAAGCGGUAAGCGAUGAUUUGCCGGAUGACGGUGACGAGAUUCAACCUGAAGACGAUUCGCAGAGUCCUGUCAGAGCGACAAUUUUCGCACAGCGGCUCAAGAGGCUGGAUGACACAUGGUUGAAACCUCUGCUGUUGGCGUCGGCGACCCGGUCGAUGAUGGGCACGAAUCGGACGUUGCAGACACUGGCCAUAUCGGACAAGGAUAGACUGACGCCGCACCAACUCGGCUCACUAUUAGAUUCAUCAGCGGCAACGGACUUGCCUUUUCCAGAUGCAGACUUAGACCGUGAAGCGUCAACUAGGCAAAUGGAUGACGGCGAGAACAGCGAGGAGAUGGCCGUGGUGACGAAGGGACACCUGAUGCCCACGGUUGGGCCACAGGACCAGGACCAGGACCGGAGUUGA